AUGAGAUUUAUAUCUAGAGGUUCUGAUGAAGACGGAAACGUAUCAAAUGCUUGUGAAAACAAGAAGAACCAUGAAUUAAAUUUAGGUCUAUAUUAUGAAAAUCUAGUCCUUAAAUACAAUAUUGAGGAAUCUUAAAAAAUAAACUUUCUUUGGCAUGAUUUUCAUUAUGAAGGUGCUUAAUAAAUACAUUAAAUAAUAGAUAAAAUAAAAGCUAGUUUAGACGAAAUUCACUAUUUUAAAUUAAAUUCUGGGGAUAAAUAAAAAGGAAUACUAAGAGUAAAUUGCUUAGAUUGCUUAGAUAGGGCAAAUGUUACUUAAUGUGUAUUUGCUAAAACUGGAUAGAGAACAAUAUAUGAAUAUGUGAAAAAAGUGAAAUUACUUCCUGAAAAGGAAAUAAAAAUUUUAUGUGAAUAAUUAAAAGAUAUAUUAAAAAAUGAAUAAAACGUUUUACCCGUAAAAGUACCAGUUGUUGUUUGUGGAGAUAUACAUGGGUAAUUUUAUGAUUUAUUAGAACUUUUUAAAAUAGCUGGAAAUUGUCCUGAAACAAAUUAUUUAUUUAUGGGUGAUUACGUUGAUAGAGGAUAUCAUAGUGUUGAAUGCAUAACUUUAUUAUUUUUAUUAAAACUUAGAUAUAAAGAUAGAAUAAUAAUUCUUCGUGGGAAUCACGAAAGUAGAUAAAUUACAUAAAGUUAUGGUUUUUACGAUGAAUGUAUGAGAAAAUAUGCUACAUAUAAUAUAUGGAAUUAUUUUACAGAUGCUUUUAUGUUUCUUCCUUUAACAGCAAUGAUUGAAAGCCAUUUUUUUUGUUUACAUGGAGGACUCUCUCCUUUUAUUGAUAGUUUAGAUCAUAUUAGAUAAAUUGAAAGAAUUUAAGAUGUACCAAGUGAAGGUCCUAUGUGUGAUUUAUUAUGGUCUGACCCUGAUGAAAGAUCCGGAUGGGGUGUUUCCCCUAGAGGUGCGGGAUAUACAUUUGGAUAAGAUAUUUCAGAAUAAUUCAACCAUAGGAUAUUAAUAAACCCAUGA